AUGGCAGCCCGCAACACGCUCCGUCGAGCUCUUCUCUACAUCCCCGGCUCCUCCCAACGCUUCAUCGACAAAUCCCGCACCCUAAUCGCCGACUGCGUGGCCUACGACCUCGAAGACAGCGUGACUCCGCACAAGAAAGCGGAAGCCCGCUCCCUGGUGCGGAGGGCGCUCGACCGACCGGCACCAGAGAGGAUUCGCGAGCGCGCCGUCCGCAUCAACUCCGUGGACAGUGGUCUCGCCCUGAGCGAUCUCACCGAAGUCCUCCAAUCCCCCAACCUCACCACAAUCGUAAUCCCGAAAGUCAACUCCCCCUCGGACCUAACUUUCGUCACCGACGUGAUCACCCACACCCUCUCCCAGCAACAACACAACCCAGAUCGUCCGCCCAUCUCCCUCCUCGCCCUCAUCGAAUCCGCCAAAUCCCUCACCAACCUCACGCAGAUCUGCGCCUCCACCCCGCUCCUCCAAGGCUUGAUCUUCGCCGCCGAGGACUUCGCCUUGGACCUCAGUCUCACGCGCACCCCCUCGCUCACCGAGUUCCUGUUUGCGCGGUCGAUGAUCGCCACCGCGGCCCGGGCGGCGGAACUCCCCUCGACGAUCGAUCUGGUGUGCACCGCCUACCGAUCGAGCAAGGGCGACGGGUCGCCCCCCGCGGUCUUGGAGGAGGAGUGUCGCGACGGUCGCCGGUUGGGGUUCAAUGGGAAGCAGUGUAUCCAUCCGUCGCAGGUGGAGACCGCGCAGCGGAUCUUCGGGCCGGAUCCUGAGGAAGUCCAGUGGGCGGUGCGGGUGUGCAUCGCCGAUGACAAAGCGGCGCAGGCCGGCCGUGGGGCCUGGACGCUGGAUGGGAAGAUGAUCGAUGUGCCUGUGGCGGAGAAGGCGAGGGCUGUGGUCAAGAAGGCGGAGGCGUGCGGGUUCAAUGUGCGGGAGUUGAGGGAGAAGUGGAAGGGUCAGGAGCCGGAGUAG